AUGAGUUGGGAGCCCUCAACGUCCCCUCAACUGCUGCCCGAGUCGGCAUCGCAGUCCCCUCCCGAUCUUCAACAGCAGAAAUCCCCCAUCCUUCGGAGAUCCCGACAGAGCCCCGGGUCGGCCUGCGAGGAGUGUCGUCGUCGGAAGUUGCGGUGUGAUCGACGCACCCCAAGCUGUGGUGUCUGCACCGCAACGGGGGUUAUCUGCCAUUUUACCGCCACCCGAUCUGAGCGAGGCCCCAAGCGGGGGCAUCUAAAGCAACUGCAGCAGCGCAUGGGUAUGUUUCACCGGAUUGACAGCCAUGGAUUGUUCCUGCAGGAACCCGUUCUUCACAGCGUCUACAAGGUGCAGGCCCCCUUGGAUAACAUCAAGAUGGAUAAGAUCCCUUUCCUGCCGCCGGAUGGGAUCGAUCCGUUGCUGGAUUCGCCGCCCUCGGAGUCGCAACUGCUAAUGUCUGUCACGGAAGUUCCUAUGUGGAUGCGUGAAGAACUCGACCAAUUAUACUUCGAUCGGGUGCAUGUGUUCGCCCCCAUUCUCCACCAGGGCCGGUAUAUGGAAUGGAGUCGUCAGCGGGUCAAGAGCGAGGCCAAGACUGCCCUGCAAUAUACCAUGUGGACUUUGGCAGCCUCGUUUUCUGGACAGCUGCAGCACGUAGCCAGCACACUAUACCACGAAGCACGAUCUCGGAUAGAUCUGCAGAUGCUGGGGGACAAUGUGAUCGACACCAUUGAGAUUGAGAAUCUGCAAGCGUGCAUCCUGCUGGUGAUGCAUGAGUCCAUCACAUCGUACGAUGAACGAGGGUGGCUUCGGGCGGGGUAUGCAUUUCGGCUCGUGCAACGAAUGCGACUGUAUGAAAUUGACGCUCCAACGUCGCCCAAACUUGCCGCUUGUGAUGACUGGGUCAUGGUUGAGGAGCGACGGCGCAUGUUCUGGAUGGCGUACUGCUUGGACCGAUUUCUCAGCAUGCGCGAUGGCCGACCAUUGACGCUGAUCGAGCACCUGAUAUCCACACGUCUUCCCGCGCCCGAAGCGGAGUUUCAGAGCGGCCAGCCCGUGGAGAUGGAGUUCUUGUCCACUGCCAUCACCUCGGGCGGGCCGCGCCUCACCUCCCCCUUUGCCGAAUGUAUCAUGACAACGACGGUGUGCGGUCGCGCUGUCAUCCACCACUACCAAACCAGACUCGAAAACACCUUCACACAUGACUCUUCCAACUUUCAUGACCGUCACAAAUGGAUCCACAACACCAUCAGUCAACGAAUUAAUAUCCUCUCUUUCAAUACCCCCAAGUUCACUGAGAACAGUGAUCCCAUGUUUCUUUUCACGCGCAUCCUCGCGUCGACGACCGCACUGUACCUCUACCACACUCUCAGUCUCACACCAUAUGAACCCAUCCCAGAAGACGACAUGUCGCUGUUCUUAGACUAUGGCCACGCUGCGUUGUUGGAAGCGCAGGAGAUGGUCCAUUUAGCCAAUAUUUUAAACAAAGUCAACUCCUUCAAGAUCCACCCCUUCACACAUAUUCCGCUGAGUCUCUGCGUUGACAUCUGCAACACAUACAGAGACCGCGACGGAGCCAUCUGUGCCAAGCUCCAGGAGGUCUUUCACACCCUGCGGAACCUCACGUGGGUCAACAGUCUGGGGGAGAAGCUUCAACAGGUAUUAGGUGGGUCGAUAUGA